UCUCUCUCUACAGAAAUUCUGCCCCCCCUCCCCCUUCCUUCGCCCUCAAGCUAUCCGCUUCUUGUGAUCCUUCUCUUGCUUCAGACAACAAAUUCGAAGUAAUUCAGCAUUGACAUUCUUCGGAUCUUUGAAUUUCUUCUGGUCUCUCAGUUUCUUUCUUUUCUGGUUCGUGUGUUGAAUUUCGGAAUUAUUGAGUGGAAUUGUUUUGUUGAUUUGGGGUUUGAUGGUUUGUGUUGUAGUUGUAGCUGUGAAGGUGAAUUUUUGGGCUCUUUUCGGGUAAAUUAGCGUACUUCUUAAAAGGGUUUUGUUGAUUCAAAAACUUGGAGGUCAAGGUCUCAUGAGAAUUGUUAGGGUAAUGCACAGAUCGAUUCGCGAGAAUGGCAAGAGCAAAUCACUCAGUCGAGGGAUUGCUCCUAAGGCAAGGACACGGAACAAAUUGAAAACUAGGGUUUUUUACCUCUGAACUUGGCUUCUUUGAGAAGAAUUUGGGCUAGGGUUUCAAGUUGAAGAAGAGGAAAGAUGACCCGAAUUUUGGUUCAGCGAGGUUCUGCUGGCUCAUCCACCAACCCGAACAGGUCUUCAUUGCUACCUGGUUCUUCUUCGGCUCAGUCCCAGCCUCAGGUCUCUACUACUCUGGUUGCAUCAGCUGUGAAAGAUGAGGAAUUGGGAGUGGAAGUGCAAGAGCAAGUUGUGGAUGAUCUUCCGGAGUUUUUUUGUUAUGGUGCUGAAAAUAAUGCAGCAAAGACUGGUGAUGUUUUACCUGAAGCCUUGCAGAAUGAUCGGAAUGAUGAUGAUGAUGCUGGUAGUGAGGAAGGUGGUACAUCUGAUUUUUUGGGUUCAGGUGAUUUAGUGGAACAGUUGGGUAAUUUGCAAAUCACAGAACAAUUUCAGGACCAAAAUGAGGGAUUGAGGGGUGGUUCAUCACAGAUGGGUUGUGGAAAUUCAUAUCCCCCGAUACCGCCUCCUCUCCCACCUCGGAAACCUUCUUCAGAAAAUUCAAAUUCAAGGAGAGUUGUAUCUGGGAGUUUGAAUGCUGUGUGGCUUGGAUCAUCUAGAAGAGCAGCUGCCUGGCCCAUUGUUUCAACUAGGAACUCACCAACUGGGUCUCGGCCUUCGUCUCCCGGGUCUCACUGUGAGAGUGAGGGUUACAAUAGUGCUGACGAGCAGAGUCCUUCCUUUGGUUCCUCCUAUGAUGAUGCAGAGAGAGAACGCCAGUUUGAAAAUGAUAUAAAACGGACAAAAGGUCUGGAUGUCAAACGAAUGCUGCAAGAUGGAAACUGCCUUUUUCGUGCAGUUGCAGAUCAGGUGUAUGGGGAUUCUGAGGCCUAUGAUCUGAUUAGACAAAUGUGUAUGGAUUAUAUGGAGCGGGAGAGAGACCACUUCUCUCAAUUUAUAACAGAAGGUUUCACAUCCUAUUGCAAGAGGAAGAGAAGGGAUAAGGUCUAUGGAAACAAUGUGGAGAUCCAAGCUUUAUCUGAGAUGUAUAAUCGGCCUAUCCAUAUUUAUUCCUAUAGCACAGAACCUAUCAACAUUUUCCAUGGAAGCUAUAAUACUGACACACCUCCUGUAAGACUAAGUUAUCAUCAUGGGAAUCAUUAUAACUCACUCGUUGACCCGCGACGACUGACAAUUGGUGCUGGACUUGGAUUUAGCUCUCUACAAGGGAGAAACAUUGAUAGAGAUCAAAUCAAGGCUGCGAUCAAAGCUCAACAGGACCACCAGAUUGAUAAUGCAUUUCUAGCUGAGGGACGAUUAUUCUCAGAUCUCGAGCUCACCGAAAAGGAAAUGGAACGCAUGGUGAUGGAAAUUUCUCGGGCUGAGUACACUGCUGACAAGUUAAAGCAGCAGCAGUUUGGUCGGAAAGUGGCUACUGCCGGUGCUGAACCAUCAUCUUCUGGUGCUAGGCCUUCAGGGAGCGAAAGCAAGCUGGAAGGUGGGCGUCCCAUCCCGGAUAGUGUCCUCAACAGCAGCAUGCAGGUGGGGCUGUCAAUGGGGUUCAGCUAUCUGCAGGUGAUCGAGGCUUACAGCAUAUUUGGGGAUGAUGUUGAUUCUAUGGUUUGUUACCUGUUAGAGACUAGCAGUAGCGGUAGCAGUAGACGGAAAGGCAAGGCAACCGAAUGAACGCAUCCCAAAGAUUGAGAAGGUGAUUGAGAUGGUGUUGGCUGCUUCUUGCUGGCAGUUAUAGAUUUAUGAAACUGGAAGGUGUUGGAACCAAGUGUUAUAUUAAUUUAAAUUAGUGAAAUGGCUGUGCUAGUUUAUGUUUUAGGAAUGCCUUUGUAAAGCAUAAGGUGGAGCAUUUGAUAUCUUAUCCCAUUGAGUCUGCUCAAUGCAGAGAUCAAUUUUCUGGUGUGACAUGGGAAGUUCUCUAGGAAAUACUUCUCUGGCCAGAGGAUUUUAGUCAACCUGUUAUGAAAAAAAAACAGUUCUUAGUUAUUUUGAUGCCGAAUAUAAUUAAUAAAAUCAUAUAACCCUUCUGGUUUGCAGAA